AUGUUUGAGGGAAGCCCUUCUCAUAUCUUAGUAGAUAAGUUCAAAUCUCUUAGAAACAAGCUCAGAUGGUGGAACAAAAACAUCUUUGGCUGGGUUGAUCGUCGUAUUGAAGAGGGUGUCCAAGUUCUCAAUGAAAUUGAGGAUGGGAUGGAUAUCAUUAUAGGGAACAUGUCUGAGAAGUUAAUAAGGGUGAGAAGUGAGGCACAAGGAAAGAUAUGGAGUAACAUGAAACUUAAAGAAAGCAUGCUAAAGCAAAAAGCUAGAACCAAAUGGGUGAAAGAGGGGGAUUUAAACUCAAGGUAUUUCCAUUCAAUCCUCAUAAUGAGAUGCAGGAGAAACAACAUGUCUUUUAUAAAAGUUGGAGAUGUUAUGUUCGAGGAUGUUGAAUUGACAAAAGGUAGUAUCAGGGAGUUCUUUGAAUCAAAAUUCAAAAAGGUGGAAAGCUCAGGUUUGCGUCUUGACAUGUCUGAUUUAACUAAAUUAUCAAACGAAGAAAAUGAACUAUUGGUUGCACCUUUUUCUACUGAGGAAAUUGUAGGGGCUUUAUCAAUUAGUGCAGGGAACAAGAGCCCCGAGCCAGACGAAUUUGAUUUAGAGUUCUUAAAACAUUAUUGGGCAGUUGUUAGAAGUGACCUGAUGAAUGUUUUCAACCAUUUCCAUCAGUUUGGUAAUCUUCUAAAAGCUUUGGUUUCACCUUUUAUUGCGCUUAUCCCUAAGAAUGAUAACCCUUAG